UCCAGCUCAAGGUCUGGAUCCGCCACUGCGCAGAGACCGUGGAGAACCCGACGGUACAAGAGUCACGAUGAGAAUUCAAAAGCUGCUCGCACUCAGCUCGUGAAUGUCGGUGCUUCACUCUUCUUGUUUGCUGCCCUGCUAGUAUCCAAUCAUUUUUCCCUUUGCCAAAUCGAGAGGAAAAGGUCAGGUAAAGACGUGCCACAGCCCAUAGUUGGUAAUACUAACUAUGCACAGCCGUAGCCAAAGCCAUGAGCACAUGCGCCGUUUGGACGAAUUGGAGGCCUGGGCCCAGGUAUCAAAUCACGCGCCAAAUUUCUGAUUCCUCCAGAGUGGCUAAUGGCGAUUCCGCCACGGGCACAAUUUUAACACGGGAUGAAAAUGUCGUCAAAUCGUGUAAGUCAAGCGAGUUUAAUCCUAGACGAUGGUACCGUGUACAAAGGAAAGCUGUUUGGAGCUUCCGAAUGUGUGGCUGGUGAAGUGGUGUUUCAGACAGGUAUGGUUGGAUAUCCAGAGUCCCUCACAGAUCCAUCUUACAGAUCUCAAAUUCUCACACUCACAUACCCCCUGAUUGGAAACUAUGGAGUGCCAGAGGGAAAGAAAGAUUCUUAUGGCUUAACCACAGAGCUUGAGUCGGACAAAAUUUGGGCAUCAGCAUUGAUUGUGGGGGAUUAUGUUGAAGAGUACAGUCACUGGAAUGCAAACAUAUCUCUUUCACAAUGGCUAAAACAAGAGGGAAUACCAGGAAUAAGUGGUAUUGAUACAAGAGCACUGACAAAGAAGAUCAGGGAAAAAGGAACCAUGUUAGGGAAAGUUGUGAUUGAAGGUGUUCAGCCAGAGUCUGUUCCAUUUGAUGAUCCCAAUGUGAGAAACCUGGUGGCAGAGGUUUCAUCAAAGGUGUGUGUUUGCUUUUCAUGA